GGAGCCCCGCGGCGGGUCACAUGACCGCGGCCCCUCGGAGCCGGGCCCAACAUGGCAGCGGCGGCGGGCGCAGGGGCCGGCAGCGCUCAGCCCUAGGGCGGCCGCCGCGCCCUGCCGGGCGGCACCGGCACCCGCAGCCCCCGCAGACCCCCCCCGCAGCCCGCCCGCAGCCCGCCGCCGCGUCCGACAUGAGGGAGAAGGGCCGCCGCAAGAAGGGCAGGACCUGGGCCGAGGCCGCCCGCACGGUCCUGGAGAAGUAUCCUAAUACACCUAUGAGCCAUAAAGAGAUUCUUCAAGUUAUCCAGAAGGAAGGACUUAAAGAAAUCAGAAGUGGGACUUCUCCUCUUGCAUGCCUGAAUGCUAUGUUACAUACAAACUCCCGAGGGGAAGAGGGCAUUUUCUAUAAGGUCCCGGGGCGGAUGGGAGUGUACACUCUGAAGAAGGACGUUCCGGACGGGCUGAAGGAGCUCUCUGACGGCUCGGAGGAGAGCAGCGACGCGCAGUCCGACUCGCAGAGCUCCGAGAACAGCAGCAGCAGCACCAGCAGCAGCAGCAAUGGGUGCACUAACAAGGAUGGGAAGAAAAGCAGGUGGAAAAGGAAAGUGUCAUCUAGACUGUCACAGACGUCCUCCCCCCAGUCAGGCUGCCCGUCACCUUCCAUCCAAACAGGCAAAGUCAUCUCCUCGUCCCAGAAACACAGCAAGAAGGCGCUCAAACAGGCCUUGAAACAGCAGCAGCAGAAGCAACAGCAGCAGCAAUGCAGAGCAGGCAUGCCCGUGUCAUCUAAUCAGCAUGUCCUUCUGAAGGCUGUCAAGGCAGCCAGUGACUCCACACCUACAAAAUCCGCUUGGGAAGGAAAGCAGUCAGAUGGACAGUCCAACAGCCCUCAGAACUCCACCUCCAGUUCCUCUCCCUCUGUUAAGCUCGAUAACUCCUUGCCAGGGCUGGGGAAGAAGCCAUUCCAGAGAUCUGACAGGCUCCAUGCAAGGCAGCUGAAGAGAACAAAGUGUGCUGAAAUUGACGUGGAAACUCCUGACUCCAUCCUCGUGAACACAAACCUGCGGGCACUGAUCAACAAGCACACGUUCUCUGUUCUGCCUACCGAAUGCCAGCAGCGCCUGCUGCUGCUGCUGCCAGAGGUAGACAGGCAGGUUGGGGCAGAUGGUUUGAUGAAGCUGAGUGGCUCUGCACUGAACAACGAGUUCUUCACGUCAGCUGCCCAAGGCUGGAAGGAGAGGUUGUCAGAAGGUGAGUUUACACCAGAAAUGCAGCUAAGAAUACGUCAAGAGAUAGAAAAAGAAAAGAAGGUUGAGCUGUGGAAGGAACAUUUUUUUGAGAGCUACUAUGGCCAGAGUUCUGGACUAAGUCCCGAAGAGUCCAAGAGACUGACAGCAAACACCAGCCCUGCCGAGACAGAGGUUGAAAAUCCAGCAGCUGAAAAGCCAAAAUGCCUGCCAGCCCCCCUGGCACCACUCAAAGAGGAGAUUACUCCCCCAUUAGAGUCUAAAGCACAAGCAGCACAGGCAGCACCCGCGAUGAAAAAAGGAGGAGAGGAAAGAAGAGAGGACACGCAGCCAAAAGCAGCCAAACCUGCAGAGGCCUCAGUUUCCCCAGAUGGCUGUGCAGCGAAGCCUAGUGACCACCCUCUCUCUUUAAAAGAGAAAACACAAGGAGAAAUUCAAGAGAAACCACAAUCUGCUGUCAGUCAAAAGCCAGAAGAGGAGAGAAAGCACGCUGCAUCAAAGGAAGCGCCAGUGAAAGAGACUGUGAGUACCUCAGUUUUGGCCCUGAGCAAACCAAAGAGCCCUGAAGCAGGUGAAGCAGUAGCAAACGCACCAAGUCCGGUGAUUACUCCACAAACACCAGAAAAGAAGUCCCCUGCAAAUGAAGAAAUGGAGGUCAGCGUUGAAGGCCAUAAGAGGAAGUCGGAGAGCCGAGAAGAAGGUGUAACCACUCCUGAGAAGAAGCCCCGCAUCAUGGAGAACUGCCAGCACCACCAGUCGUUUCGGACCCAGCCACAGUCCUUUCCUGCAGCAGGGACCCAGGUGCCACGGGUACCCCCGCUCAAGAUUCCCGUUUCCAGAAUCUCCCCAAUGCCAUUUCCUGCGGGCCAGGUCUCUCCCGGGGCACGUUUCCCAACCUCAGUUACCAGUCCAGGAAGAACAGGGGCCAGAACUUUGGCAGAUAUCAAGGCCAAAGCCCAGCAAGUCCGGGCCCAGAGGGCAGCGGCCGCCGCCGCAGCCGCCGCCGCCGCCGCCGCCGCGUCUUCGGGGGGAGCAGUGCCGGGGCCCGGACCCGGCGGUGGCGGGGGCCCUCCAGGUGGUGGAGGAGAGAAGAGUAACACAGCACCAAGCGGAACCAACGAAACUGGAACUGGAGGAAAUGCACUGGAACUGGCAGGAACUGGAAGCGGGGGAAGUUCGAGAAGGUUUCUUCCCCAUUGUCCAGGGCCCCACUCCCAAAUGGAGACCCAGGCCACGGAGCAGCCACCAGCUCACAAUCUCUCUAGAGCACAACUACAGCAAACUUCCACACUGCAACCCAGAACUCCAGGCAGCAAUACAGGCACCAACUGCUCCUCGUCAGCGGCAUCAGCAUUAGAGAAAAGCGACAGAAUAAAGCAGAGCCCCCCAAACAUGGCUGUGAACCAGGUUCCAGGCUCCCCGUAUGCUGGCAGCAGUGACAAACAAGAGAAAGCACCUUCUGCUCCAGCAGGUCCGAGCCAGGCCAGUGGGGCAUCAGCUGUCAGGGAUGGAACAGCCUGUGUCACUGCGUCCACAGCGAGUACCAACACAAACAUAACUAAGGUAGCGCCUGCGGCCUUAGGAGGGACCAGCUUAGAUGUCUCUAAAGGCACAUCUCCUUCCCCUCUGAUGUCUUUGUCUUCGCUGACACCCACGGGCUCAGAAGCCCAGGCUGGAGGCGCGGUAACAUCUGCUCCAUCUGCCCCUUCCUCUAACGCUUCGUCGGCAGUACCUAGCCUUAAAACUCACCUAAGCUCCAGUGGGGCCCUCCCCAAAGCAAGCUCCAGUAUUCCUGCUAACAACCCUUUAGUCACCCAGCUGCUUCAGGGCAAGAACGUCCCUCUGGAACAAAUCCUGCCGAAGCCUCUCACCAAAGCAGAAAUGAAAACUGUCCCGUUGGCCUCUAACGAAGAAAAAGGGGCAGCAGCACCCAGUGCUGCGAGCGUAGCAGGGAACGGAGGAGCCGAGGGUGGUGAAAGACAAUCGGGGUUACCUGCAGAGCAGCUUGGGAAGAUCUUUAGCCAGAACAGGCCCCUGCCUCACAUUCCAAGGACCUUUCCAGUCCCCUCGGGAAAGGACCCCGGUGUUGACCAGCACCAGUGCCCAGAGGCGCUCAGUAAAACAACGCAAGAGCAGAUCCUUCAGACGCUCAUCAAGAGGGUCCAGAGGCAGAAUUUGUUCCCAGUCCUUCAGCCUUCACAACUGAACCUCACUCACUCAGGGUUCCAGUUAGAAAACAGCUCCACCAGCCAGAGAUUUGUGCUGGGUUUCAUGGGCAGGAGGACCUCCAAGCCUGCUAUGUCUGGUCAUUACCUGCUCAACAUUUCCACCUAUGGCCGUGGCUCGGAGAGCUUGAGGAGAGGCUUCCUGAACCCAGAAAACCGCUUGUGUCUGAACAGCCCUGCUGACGCUCCGAAAACAGAAUGUGGGGAAUGUGAGGAGAUGGCUGGCCACGGCGGCAGCAGCAGCGAGGAAGGAGAUGCAGAUGAUGAGAGUACUGGUGAUGAACGUGAAGGCGUCAGUGUGAAAGAGGAGCCCCAGGCUUCGCAGGUGUCUGGCCAGUGUGAAAAAGAACAGGGGUCACACAACAUAAACCCUUCAGAUGGCAGCAGCCUUGCUAAGAAGGGUGUAAAGACGGAGGCAGCCGCGUCUCAGCCAGCAGCAGGCAGCAGGGAGAACGUUCCGGGGUUUGACGGAACUACGUUAGCGCGAGAUUUUAUUCAAGCCGCUCAAGAGCAAAUGGCACAUGCAAUGAGGGGAAAAAUGCACGGCAGCCCUGAGCUCUUCGGUCCUUCUGUACCGUCCUCGGACUCUGCGCAGCCUCCCCAGCUUCCUCACUCACACCCUCCAAAGCUGUGUGGAGAUGCUGCAGCACAGCUCAUUGGGCCCAGUUACAGCGGCACAAUAAACGUCUCCACCUCCCCGGACGUCAACCAAGGGUCCCUGAUGACGGGGCUGUCGGAAUGCAAUCAGCUGUCGAGCAGCAUGGGGAACGUCAUGUCCUUUUCGGUGACUGUAACCACCAUUCCCACCAGCCAAGCUAUGAACUCUGGCAACCACGGCCAGACCAUCCCGGUUCAAGCCUUCGCUGAAGACCACAGCAUGGAGGACUCCCCUUCCAAAUGUUACUGCAGGUUGAAAGCCAUGAUCAUGUGCAAGGGCUGCGGCGCCUUCUGCCAUGACGAUUGCAUUGGCCCCUCUAAGCUCUGUGUCUCCUGCCUUGUCGUGCGGUAACCGGGACGCGAAGUGGGGAAGAGGAUGGCUGGAUGUUGGUUUUGCUUUCGGAAGUACGUUGGGAAGAAACAGGAAAUUUACUGCCUUGCACAAGAGACACGUUACUGAAUCAGGAAUACAGAGUAGAGUUCUUCUUUCAUUAAAGAAAGAGCACCUUCUUGUACAGUGAGUCUAAAUUGAGCUCAACUACGUGAAUUGUGACAAGAGUUUGCACUUAAGGAAUUAUGUAAAUAUGUCACAUUAUUUUGUUUAAAAAUAUUUUUUCAAUCUUUUAGGAGAUAGCGUUUGACUUGUACUGCAGUUUCAUUAACCCCAGCCUGCUAUCCAGCAUGUUUGCUGAGCUCUGCUCUAGAUGGGGGAACGAACCCCCGGCCAAACAUCAGCCGCUGGGCUUCUCUUGGAAAGAGAAGAGCCGGAUAGUACGAAACUAAGCGUUUGUUCUGACCGAUGCCAGAGCACCGAAGCAGGAAACCCUGAAGGGGCUUCCUGCGUGGCUCUAAAUUUUCGUUCAAUUUUUCAGAAUUGGAAGGCGUUAACAUUCCCCAGGCCUUCCAAGUCACUGCCUCUCCCUUGGGGCACGGCUGUCUCCGGAAGGCAUACUGGGUUGUGCAAUACUGGCUGGUGUUUUUGAUUUGCAUAUCCUCGCCUCUUCAAGGAGGCGGUUGCAGCAGCCUUCUAGGGACGGAGGUAUCUUGAUUUGCUACUGGCAAAUACUGAAAAAGGCAACUGUACUAACCAUAGGAUUCAAGGAUCUAAGUCACUAAAGCAACUCAGUAACUGUGAUUAUUGGUAAUUCCAGGAACCAUUUAAAGCAGAGAUCGCAAAUAUGUGCCGAACUGCAUUUCAUUUCUGGACUGUCAGGACCCGGCAGAAUCCUGCUGUUAGGCGUUAUUUGAAGGGAGCUGGAGAGUGCCACCCCCGGAGCUGAGCACCGCCGGCUGUUGCAGCGCGUUAUGCAAGCCAAGUGCACUAAACGUCACCCCCUGUCCUACUGUUUGCUAGGAAGCUUUCUGUGGCUCAUUAAAAACUCCAGAUAGUCA